UCAGAGGCCCAGCGGCUCUGGGGUCGUCCUGUUCUGGUUGCAAGGCACCUCGGAUGUUGCUGUCUUCCGGGGGUUUGUUUGCUCGUGGCGCCUUCUGAAAGAAAGGCGCCGAUUCCCUUCCCUCCCCAGCCCUUCGGAAGUGACCCCGCGUCUGGUGACACAUCUAGACAUGGGGAAGUCUCUUUCUCAUUUACCUUUGCAUUCAAAUAAAGAAGAUGGUUAUGAUGGGGUCACCUCGACAGACAGCAUGAGGAAUGGACUCGUUAACAGUGAGGUGCAUAAUGAAGACGGAAGAAAUGGAGAUGUCUCUCAGUUUCCAUAUGUGGAAUUUACUGGAAGAGAUAGUGUCACUUGUCCCACUUGCCAAGGAACGGGAAGAAUUCCUAGGGGGCAAGAAAACCAACUGGUGGCAUUGAUCCCAUAUAGUGAUCAGCGGUUACGGCCUAGAAGAACAAAGCUGUAUGUGAUGGCAUCUGUGUCUGUCUGCCUGCUCCUGUCUGGAUUGGCUGUGUUUUUCCUUUUCCCACGAUCUAUUGAUGUGAAGUAUAUUGGCGUAAAAUCAGCCUAUGUCAGUUACGAUUUUCAAAAGCGAACCAUAUAUUUAAAUAUCACGAACACGCUAAAUAUAACAAACAAUAACUAUUAUUCUGUUGAAGUUGAAAACAUCACUGCUCAAGUUCAGUUUUCAAAAACAGUUAUUGGAAAGGCACGCUUAAACAACAUAACUAACAUUGGCCCACUUGAUAUGAAACAGAUUGAUUAUACGGUACCCACAGUUAUUGCUGAAGAAAUGAGUUACAUGUACGACUUCUGUACACUGAUCUCCAUCAAAGUACACAAUAUAGUACUCAUGAUGCAAGUAACUGUAACAACAACAUACUUUGGACACUCUGAACAAAUAUCUCAGGAGAGGUACCAGUACGUCGACUGUGGAAGGAACACGACUUACCAGUUGGCCCAGUCUGAGUAUCUAAAUGUACUUCAGCCACAACAGUAAAGUCUAAAGGAGGUGUGAUAGAGCAGAUGACCCACCUGAGACAUGUUCAGAACUGUCAGUGAGGAGAUACUGCCCAGGACACCUUGAAUUGAGCAUGUCUAAAGUUUACUCCAGGACACUGAGGGUCCCUGGAUUCUCGUUCUGUGUCAGUGAUUUGCUUGUACCAAGAGCCUUUCCUCGAUUGUAAGUUAACUGAUUGGCUUUCUUCUUAUCUUUGUUCCCAAGGUGAAAAACUGAGACUUCCUCUAAUACAAUAAAUAAUUAUAUAAAAGUCAUAGACUUAAUCUAUAGUUCUAUUGAUAAUAGUUCAGUCAUGAACAUAAUUUGACAAGUAACCUCUGAAAAUUUUUAUAUGAAAAUCCAUUACUCAUGGAGGACUUUUAAAACUAACCUGUUUUAUAAACUCUCAUUCUUAUAAGAUGGUAGUCUUUCGACUAUAUGAUAACGUAGCUAUUAGCUAAAUGUUUUUAGCCUUUAACUUGUUGAAAUUUUACUCAUUUGCAUGUUUUUGUCUUAUUUUUAGCUAAUGGUUAAUAAUAUUUACCAAAAUUCUGUUGUACACUUUGUAAGAACCUCUCAGUAUGUGCUUCAUGUAUAGUUUUGUCAACUUUUUGUGAUCAUCAAACAUAUUCCUUUUGUGUACAAUAUUGUAAAUAAACUGCAUGGCUUUUAUACAGCUUUGAUAACUGUCAAAUGAAGUGGUAUUGAUUAGGAAGGUAAAACAAGUUGUUAAAAAAUAAAGUAGGAAAAUGAAAUUCAGAAAUAUAUAAAAUAUCAGUAGGUCCCAAUUACUUUUUGGAUGUGGCAAAAAUAGAUAUACAAUAAAACAUUUUCAUGCUUUCCUUUUAUGUUGCUUUUCAUACUAAGAAUUAUAUAGAUGUUUUCAGAAUGAUCAGGUAUUAUCAAUGUUAUGAAUGAUUUAUGCAAGGAAAUUAUAUUUUACUAGAACUUAUUCUAGAAAUCCUUUCAUUUAACACUGGUGGCUACAUCAAAAUAAGCCUGUAGUUUGCUUUUAAAAUUUUAAUCAUUAUAUAUCAUACUGAUUUGAUGCUUCUGCAGUUACAUAAGUAUUCCCCUUUUUACUUUAAUUUCAUCUAACAUUGUUUUCAAGUAUGAAGGAUGUGGUCACGUUAUGACUUAUAUUUUCAGGGUCAUUUUCCAUAAGGUGGUUUUUCCUUAUCCAUUCAGAAAAUUCUAAGGCCCCUUUAAAAUAUAUAACACUAGUCAUAGGAACUAAUUAUGAUACCAGAUUAAUUUCUUUUCUUCCUUUUUUUUUUUUUUUGGACUCAUGACAGAAAUUGGGUUUUCCUUUUCCCAUACCCAAUUGCCUACCUUAGUUAUGUUGUGUAGCCCAUUGAUCAGUCUAAAGUAUACAUCAGAUCUCAAUUAUAAAACAAAUUCUCAUGGCUUCAUCCUGUCCCUUAAGCACACUUUUGUCUUCCCCAAGCUUUCACACCAUUUCUCCAUGUGAGGGAACAUUGCAAACAUCUGUUGUUUUGUAUCUUGCCUUCCUCAGGCGUUCCAAGGUUAGCUGUCUAUCCUUCCUGUCGUGCCCAGGCCAUCCUUUGCAGUCAUGCAUUUUCUAGUCACACAAGUCUUUGUCGGAAGUUUUCUUCUCCAGUGCUUGCUGGUUCCCCCCACGCCCCCACCUCCCACCCCCCCCAUUCAUUCCUUCCAGUUGUGCUUACAUUUUCCAAAUUAAACUCACUUCAUUAUCUGUAUUUUCUCCUUUUGACAUAACUGAUGUCUGUGAGUCAUCAGGUUUUCCGUUUGUCUAGAAGUGUUUAAUCCAGUCACUUCAGAAUCACUGCUAUCUUUAGUUAGGCCUCUAAGUCUGUGUCUCUUCUUGACCAGUAACUGUGUAGUUUCAUGUUUACUAGGUUAACUUGUGUUUCUUGGUGACUUUCUAUGUGUAGAAAUAAACUGUAAAGAAAUCCU